AUGUACCUGUCGACGCGGGAUCGCGUCAAGCCAUGUCGGGUAAUCGCCCUCACAAGAAGGCCAAUCCGCGGACCAGCUUCCCCGCCGCCGGGGAUCAGCAUCAGCAUGCAGCGACGGCUAGGCCUGUCCCCAAGAACGACACCCGACCCCCAUGCUGCUAAUCGAACCGCACGGGUCGGAGAGGACAAGAUCAAGCACCGCCGUGUCGGCAUGGACCGUAACUUGGGGAGAGCGGGCACCAGGACACCCGGAGACAAGGACGGCAGUGGCGGCAACAGCAACGACAAGAAGAUCGUGCAGUCUGGCGAUGAGACGGACAUCCCGUCACCGCUGUCCUCGCGAGCCUCUUCUUCGGCGGAGAUGGACCAGGGGAUGGCGAGCUCGACCGUCAGAUCCACGAUGCCCCAGAAAAAUCUCACCGCCUCCCGCAAGAAACGGUCCGUUCUCACUGCGAUCGCGUGCAGACAGCUCGCCGCCGCGACCUCGAAGCAGACCAGGCAGUCCGCAUGGGCGAUGAAGCCCACCGAGUCCCGCCGGCAGGCCGCGGAGCGACGGACGCCCGUGGCAAAGGUGUACCCUAGGGCGAAAGCGGCAGCGGAAGCACCUUCGAAGACGACGGCAAUUGUCAAGUCGAAGUCAUCGAGGCCUAAGGGUACUACUACGUCGAAGAGGGUGGUCGAAGGAGGCGACGGGGGCAGUGGGAGAAGCCCCAGCAGGAAGCGCGAGACACCCAGGGUCUCCGCUUCCCGCCACAUGGCCUGGGAGCGUCAACUCAGGGCGUCGACGACAGCAGGGGCCAGCAAUCCCGACCGCACGAAGGACGCGGCAGGUCACCGGGCACGGCAGAAGGCCGACAAGAAUGGCGGUGGCGACGGGGGCGGCCGGCCAUCCCUCGGCACCUGGGAGAAGACCAUCGUCCGACUGGAGAUCUUGAAAAAGAUCACAGGAAAGGGCGAUGAGGAGCUGGAGUGGCUCUGCUCGGCUAAACAGGGGGACGGGAUCCAGAAGAGCGAGACCCGGAGAGAUUGUGCGGAGACCGACUACCACCGCCUCCUGUUCCAAGAGUCCAUGCUGCAGGCGGGCAUGGAGAUCCUCAAGGACCGCCGGCUGGAGGUGUCCCUCAAGACCCUCGCCAAGAUGGGAGGAGACCUCGAACGCCUGACCAAGCUUCACGAGCAGCUUGCGGAAGAGGAGGCGUCCCUCACGACCGUCAGUGCUGAGGACAAGGUCGACGGGCACGAGGCCACCACGGAGGAGGCAGAGUCAGCGGCGGCGGCGUCAGCGGCAGUGGUGGCCUCGCUGCAAAGAGACCGCCUCGGGCAGGCCAGGGUCGAUGCCGAGGCCGAGCUUCGCCGAGUGUUGGAGGGCAUCUCGGAUGCACAGAGGAAGGUCCUCCUUGUGGGGCACGGCCUGAAGGAGGAGGUUGCGGGCGGGACGAGGAAGGUCUUCGGGGAGUGCAAGAGCGCGCUGGAGACAGCCAUCGGCAUCACCGGGAGUGUAGGGUCGGCGAGAGAGCUGGUCGCACCCACCCAGGCUGCGAGCGGCCUCCGAGGCAUGGAGGCUGCCGUCAAGGCGAUGGCUGAGACGCUUAGCAAGACGAGGAGGGACUGCCAGGCAGCCCUUGAAAAAAUGGAGCUGUGGCGGGAGCGAAAGGAGGCGCUGCCCGAACACGUCAAGCACGUGGCGGGCGAGGAGAAGGCAUGGUUCGACCGCGAGGCCGGGGCCAACGCGCAGGCGCUGCGGCGCAUGCGCUCGCUGAUGCCGGUGGGCGUGACCGGGCUCACGCUGUCCGAGUUGGAGCAGCAAGCCAUCGACGCCGGCUCGUUGUACCCGAGGGAGUUGUCGCUGAGACUGAAGUACGACUUGGUGGAGAUGAGAGCGAUCCUGGCAUGCCUCCCGGACAAGUUCGAGGUGGACGAUGACGGUCGCAAAGCCGCCUGGAGGGCCGAGUUCGUGCAACGGGCUAAGGGGCUGAUCGCACAGGAGAGAGGAGACACGGUCAGCGGGGGCUGGGACCCCGAGAUCUCGGCCAGGCGGCAAGUGCGCCUCCCCGAGCUGAGCGCAGGGCAGGCCAGGAGGGAGGAGUACUUCUAUCCGACGGCGGCGGAGGUGCAGGCCAGGGUGGACAAGCUCCGAGAGCGGCAGCGCAGGCUGGAGGUCAAGCGGGUCGACUUGGCCAAGGUGAGGGACGACCUUCUUCCCGAGGCGAGACGAGAGUACGAGUACGUCCUCGAGGACUCUCGCCACCCGUUCAACAGGGCCACGUGCAAGCCAGAGGAUCUCCGGAGGGCCAGAGAAGAGGCCAAGUCGGAGGUCACCAGGCUGUCGAAAGAGGCGAAACGCCUCGAGGGUCACUUGGAGUCGGCGGCCCGCGCGCUGCGGGAGAGCCCGUCCACGGUGGACGGUACCCUAGCCGAGGCCGCGGCUACCCGCCGGUUGCUGUCCGCAAGGAAGCUCCUCCGCUUGCAGCAGCAGCAGCAGCAGCAGACGGAGACGGAGACGGAGACGGAGACGACAGCCACCGCUACUGCUUCCGUCCCGGCACGUGGCCCGGCGGCCGUGGAGGCGGAGACGGCGGCAUCCACUGCGGAGGCGGCGGCGGCGGCGGCGGAGACACCCACUGCGGACGGGCAGGUAGAGGAGGAGGAGGAGGACGAGGAGGAGUUCGAGGAGGUGGAAGAGGGGUCGGAGGUCGAGGGAGCGUUCGACCCUAACCCCGAGCUCCGGUCGAGGCUGAGCGACAAGAGCAGGUCCCUCCGGUUCGUCACCGCGGACGAGGAGGCCGAAAUCCGGAAGGAAGAGCUGGCGAGGGUCUUCUCCUGCUCCUCCCGGGGGGCCCGCGGAAUGGCAGGGGCCAACGGCGGCAAGAGCAGCACCAACGGUGGCGGUGGUGAUGACGCCGAGGGGGAAGACGAAACGGCCGGAGGGAAGACUUCGGCCGUCGGUGGAGGGCACGCCAAGGACCGCAUCAAGGCCUUCGGCGCGGUGCUGGAGAAGACUCUGAGCAAGACCUUGCUCGGGCGGGCCCCGGCUACCGCUCCCGGUCGGACCAGGAAGGCGGGCACCCCGCCCCGGCCGCAGCAGCGGGCCAACGCUGCGGCCGUCGCCGCCGCUGCGUCGUGGGAGCCGAAGUCUAAGCACUUCCGCGCCCUCCGGUCCGCGACCGCCGCCAGGAGCAGCGGCGGCCCUCGCUCGACCGGCUGCCCUCCCCCUCCGCCGCCGCCCCCGCCGAUGCUGGGAAUGCUGUCGCAGAUCCGGGCCCGCGGCGGCGGCGGCGACCGGCAGAGCGGCGGUGGCCAAGCGGCGGCAGGCAUCGGCGAUCUUCUGGCGGAGAUCCGGACCCGCGGAGAGCGGGGUGGCAGCGGCGGCGGUGGCGGCGGCGGCGGCACCCAGAGCGGUGGUUGCGAAGCGGCGGCAGGAAUCGGCGGUCUUUUGGCGGAGAUCCGGGCGGCGAAGCGCGGCUGA